AUGGCCGAUGUUACAGCAGAGUGCAACAUAAAAGUGCUGUGUCGCUUUCGUCCUUUGAAUCAAGCGGAGGUAUCACGAGGAGACCAGUUUCUCCCCAAAUUCCAGGGAGAUGACACCGUCGUCGUCGGGGGGAGGUCCUACGCGUUCGACCGAGUCUUCCCAACCAACACCACCCAGGAGCAGGUGUACAACACCUGUGCCAAACAGAUUGUCAAGGAUGUGCUGGGUGGAUACAAUGGCACUAUCUUUGCAUAUGGACAGACCUCCUCCGGGAAGACCCACACCAUGGAGGGCAAGCUGCAUGACCCUCACCAGAUGGGAAUAAUUCCUCGCAUUGCCGAGGACAUUUUCAACCACAUCUUUGCCAUGGAUGAGAACCUUGAGUUCCACAUCAAGGUUUCAUACUUUGAAAUCUACAUGGAUAAAAUCCGUGACCUACUGGACGUGACAAAGACCAACCUGGCUGUCCAUGAGGAUAAAAACAGGGUUCCAUAUGUCAAGGGAUGCACUGAACGUUUUGUGUCCAGCCCUGAUGAGGUUAUGGAUGUGAUUGAUGAGGGCAAAGCAAACCGCCAUGUUGCUGUGACUAACAUGAAUGAGCACAGCUCCCGCAGCCACAGCAUCUUCCUCAUCAACAUCAAACAGGAACACGUGGAGACAGAGCAGAAGUUGUGUGGGAAACUCUACCUGGUGGAUCUGGCAGGAAGUGAGAAGGUCAGUAAGACCGGUGCUGCAGGAGCUGUCCUGGACGAGGCUAAAAACAUCAACAAGUCUCUGUCUGCUCUGGGAAACGUCAUCUCUGCCUUGGCAGAGGCAACGUGCCAAACCAUCAGGAAUACUGCUUCCAUUAACCUGGAGCUGACAGCGGAGCAGUGGAAGAAGAAGUUUGAGAAGGAGAAGGAGAACAAGACUCUGAAGGAAACCAUCCAGAGGCUGGAGGCUGAGCACCGCUGGAGGAAUGGGGAGGAUGUGCCUGAGACAGAGCAGACCACAGCAGAGGUGGUGGUGACCCGUCUGGAGACUGUGGAGGAACGUCCACCAUUGGAUAACGACACCUCCUCCAUUGUAGUGCGCAUCUCCGAGGAGGAACGGCAGAAGUAUGAGGAGGAAAUCCGCAAGCUGUACAAGCAGCUUGAUGAUAAGGAUGACGAAAUCAACCUGCAGUGCCAAAUGGUGGAGAAACUGAAGCAGCAGAUACUAGACCAGGAUGAGCUCCUAGCCUCCUCUCGGGGUGAUGGGGACAAGGUGCAGGCCGAGCUGGGGAGGCUGCAGGUGGAGAGCGACUGUGCCAAGGCAGAGGUGAAGGAGGUGCUUCAGGCCCUGGAAGAACUGGCCAUCAACUACGACCAGAAGAGCCAGGAGGUGGAGGAGAAAGGCCUGCAGAACCAACUGCUGGCUGACCAGCUGGCACAGAAGAUGGCCAGUCUGAUGGAGCUGGAGGCAGAGCUGUCCCACAUGCAGGAGGUGAGCAGUCAGCAGCGGAAGCGUAUUGCUGACGUCCUCAACGGUCUAAUGAGGGACUUGAGUGAGUUCAGCACCAUCGUGGGUAAUGGGGAGAUCAAGCUGCCGGUGGAGAUCAGUGGUGCGAUUGAAGAGGAGUUUACGGUGGCUCGCCUCUACAUCAGUAAGAUCAAGUCGGAGGUGAAGAGCAUGGUGAAGCGCUGCCGCCAGCUGGAAAACAUGCAGCUGGAGUGCCACCGCAAGAUGGAGGAGACUGGCAGGGAGCUUUCCUCCUGCCAGCUCCUCAUCUCCCAGCAUGAAGCGAAGAUACGCUCUCUGACUGAGUACAUGCAGAGCGUGGAACAGAAGAAGAGGCUUCUGGAGGAGAGUCACGACUCCCUCAGCGAGGAACUGGCUAAACUACAAGACCCGGGUAACACACACACACACACACACACACACACACACACAAUUUCUAUUACCUCUGCUGCACAGAAGGCUUCUCGCCAGCAAGGAGAGUCUCACCGUGGUCUGCACCACAAGCAGCUGGCACGCCUGCGGGAUGAAAUCAAUGAAAAACAGAGGAUCAUUGAUGAGCUCACUGAUUGUAACUCCAAACUGGAGCUGGAACUGGCCCAGGUGCGUGCUGACUUUGACCGUCUGAAGAGCCAAGACAGUACCAAGAGCGAGCGCUUGGAGGAGCUCUCAUUCCUGCAUGAGCGCCAUGAGCAGACGAAGCAGGACUUGAAGGGUCUGGAGGAGACCGUCGCUCGCGAACUCCAGACCCUCCACAACCUGCGCAAGCUGUUCGUUCAAGACCUCACGUCGCGGGUUAAAAAAAGUUCCGAAAUGGAACCAGAUGAUAGUGGGGGGUCUUGCACCCAGAAGCAGAAGAUUUCCUUUCUUGAGAAUAACCUGGACCAACUUACAAAGGUUCACAAACAGCUGGUUCGUGACAAUGCAGAUCUGCGUUGUGAGCUUCCAAAGCUGGAGAAACGUCUUCGGUCUACUGCUGAGAGAGUUAAGGCCCUGGAGACGGCACUGAGGGACGCCAAGGAGGGUGCCAUGAUUGACCGCCGCCGCUACCAACAGGAAGUUGACCGCAUAAAGGACGCCAUGAGGGCCAAGAACGCCACAAGGCGCCCCCAUGCUGCACAGAUUGCUAAGCCAGUGAGACCGAAGCAGCUUCCUGUGUGCUCUCCCACAAACCCCUUCUAUGCGUACACGCGCUCCGGCGAGCACUCCAGCGAGCACUCCAACGCCUACAGCAACGCCUUGUUUCAGAGCGCCCUGUCACAGCAGCACUCGGCCAGCGUCAACUGCAACCCCAACUCCAUCCAGACCAACACAGUUUCCACAGCACUGGGCUACAGAGCAGACAGACCCACAGACAUACUGGAGUCCUAUCCACUCAACAUAGACAACGGCAACAGCAUCAGUGAAACGAGAGACAUCAAUGACAACAGGAGUGAUGCACACUGUGGCAGUGAAGUGGAUGAUUCAAACAGGCAUUACAUCAUUCAGCAAGAGACCGCUGCAAGUUAA